GAGUGUGCGUGUGCGCACGAACAUCUCUGUGCUGUGAGAGUGGAUGUGUGUGUGGAGUUAUGUAUACGCGUGUGCGUGCGAGUAUGUCUCCUGUGAAAGUGGAUGUGUGUGUGCGCGCGCGUGUGUGUAUGUAUGUGUGAUCUGAGCGUAUAAAGCUCUCCUGACUGGAGAGGCGAGAAAGUCAUUACCGCUCAAUUUCAAAUUCAAAAUGGGAAAGAUGCAAGUUGAAGAUGAUCGCUGUUAUUACGAUGACGUCUAUAGAUGUCUCUCUGAAGUGCAUUGUAUGUCAAAGAAAUAUGGACUCGGCGAGAAGUUAAGUCAUGAAGAGCUGAAAGAAAGGCAAAGGGCACCACUCACUCGGAAGUACCAAUCCUUCGCCUUGAUUGAUGUCCUGCAGCAGACGCGAUCGACGCAGAAGUUAAUCAAUGACGUUCAGCUUAAGAAACAGGAAAGAAUGCUUCAACAUGAGGCAGAAGAUAUUAUAUCAUGCACUAAAAUAGAGAAGAACCUCAAUGAAAUCUCUUCCUUCAAUGAAUAUUUGAAAACCAUUCUUCAGAAGAAACAGUCACUUCUUACUAAUCUGCAAAGACCUCUCGUUGAAAAUGCUAUCAAACUUGAAGUGAAGUAUCACAGUAUUUUUGUGAAAAUGUUGUCCCAUUCUGCAAAUGUUUUGCAAAAUUUGAUGAAAAACAUUGAAAACAUCAACUGGAUAAAAUUAACAAAGUUAGCAGCUCCAAAUAAACUGCCUGAAAUCGUUGAUUAUAUUGAGACCAACUUGGCCCAAGUUAACACAAAUUAUCACUUAAUGUGCCAGAUUAAAACUCGUUUGAAUCUAUUACAAAAUCCAUAGAAACAAAUCCCAAAUAUUUUCUCCUUUGAAAAGCGGUUUUAGAUUUAUCAUCUGCUUGGUUAUCUUUCUGCUUAACUGUAAUUUUGGAGCAGCAAUAAUUUCUUUAAUUUGAAAUAUUCACUGGCAGUUUAUUCAAAUUUAUUUCUUUAACAUAUACAAUUUAUUUAUAUAUUAACCUCUUGACAAGCAUGGUUUAUCAAAUUCAAUGUUGAAGCAUAGCCUUCGGGACUGACUCUUCCCUUUUUUAUGUUGUCUUGAUAUAUGGGGACCAGUCCUAAACAUCUAAUCUAUUUAUCAUUAGCUCACCUAUUAGAUUUGAUAUGGAAUAUAUGACUCUACUAUUGUCCUUUUAAGUGGAUCUUGAUGCUUCACAUGAUGUGGGCCAAGUCUUGUGAGUCAAUGCAUUUGUGUAAAAAUUAAAUUCUAAAAUUAAAACAACAGUCUGUCUUCACUUCCUCUUCUUGCUAAAAGCUUUUCUGAUGGUUAUCUGGUUAAAGUUCUCUCCAAAGCAAUCAUGAGGAAAUGAUUGCUUAAUUGAUAGUUAAGAGGCCUGUUGUCUCUCAAAAAACUUCUGUUUACAUAACACACAAAAUAGAACUUUUCUUAUUUGUUUCCAUCCUUUCAGGGUUGACAAAAUACCAAUCAAAUAUUAAGGUGGGGCUGGCUAUGUAAUUGCCAAAUAUUUCCCUUCAAAAUUAUUGGUCUUGUGCCAAAAUUAGAUAUUAUUAGUCUAAUUCUUUAUUGUUUUUGUUUCUCCUUAGCUCUGAUGUUUGUGCUUUCCUUAUAUAUUCUGUUUAUAAUUGUCAGUAUUUUCUACAUGUUACAGUUGUGGUGUUUCAUAUUCUUUUCUUGUUCUUCACUUCCUGUAUUUUGACUUUAUGGUAUUGCUUCUUACGAAAGUGUUAUUGUCUAAGUUAAUAAAGUUCUACAUAUUUAUUAACUGUCUUUAUGUAAUUUUUUUGUCAAAUAAUUAAACCUGAUCUGAGUGAAUUUCUCCCAGGUUUUUAAUUUUUGUUCUUUAGUUUGUUUUUAGUUCUGUAUCUUUUUGUUAAUGGCUGUUGGUAUUUUCUACGUUGUCAUGGCGUUUUGUAUAUAAUUCUUUUCUUAUCGUUUAUGUCCCAUCAUUGACUUCAUAGUUAAAUUUAUUUAUCUAGUGAAAGUGUUAUUAAUUUGUUAAGUUAAUAAAGUUUUGUAUUGUACAUUCUAAUAAAUUAUUAGCUGUCAUUUAAUUUUUUUGUCAAAUAAUUAAAACGUGAUCUGAGUUGAUUUCUCUUGUUUGUUUAAUCUUCGUGGUUUUUGUUUUUAAGCUCUUUGUUUUACCUUCUGUUAACAUCUAUGUUUUUUAAUGUUUUAAUGUCUUUAUUUAAAUGUACUUACUUAGAAUAUGUCUACUUUUACUCGUUUGUGUUUUAAUGUGUUUUAGUAGUUAUAAGUAAUAUAGAUUCACUUUAUACCUAACAAACAUUUUAGUGAUAAUAAUUAUAUUUCCUUUCAUACUCUUUUUAAAAACUUUUCUACCGUGGCUUCAUUAAUUAACUGUAUUCUACUAAUUAGCAAAAUGUUCUGCUGUCAUUUUUCAGUACUUCUCUUGAGUCCUCUGCCUCUUAACUUCAAACGAGCCAGCAAUUAGCAGUUCUUUCUUACUUAAAGCUGUGAAAUAGGUUCAGACACAGGUAUUGUCAAUUUUUCGUUGCUUGAAGAGGAAGCUGUACAAGGCAGCUAAGGACAUUGUUUACUUAGAAGAAAGCAUGAAACACACUCACUGUAUACACUACAUCCAAUGGUUUUCAACGAUUGAACAGUUAUUCAGUUGACAUGAUAUUCUCAGUAUUGUAAUCUCUUAAGAAAUGUGUAUGAUAUCCACAAAAGCCAAAAUACCAGUUCAAAAUCUAUGUUUAUAGCAUCGGUUCAUGACUUUGCAAUUAUGUAUUUUAUAAGUCAUCAUCAUCAUCAUUUGGCAUCCAUGUUCCAUACUGGCAUGGGUUGGAUAGUUUGACAGGAUCUGAUGUGUCCAAGCUCCAAUGUCUGCUUUGGCAUGGUUUUUUUUUUUUUAAUUUUUUUUUAUGGCAUGGACUUUAUUAUAAUUGAAGAACAAAAUCCGGGAAAUGAAUCUUCUGAAGAAGGUUUAUAGACAGAUCUUGUAACAAUGUUGCUCAAAUCCACAGUUGAGAACUCCAUUCUGAUUUUAUGGUGACUUCUGCUAUGGAGCCACAUUAAAGCUGUCACUACUGCAUGGACAAUCAGGAAGCACAACUACUAAAACCCUAUCAUGUUUUCUGGGGUGGUCAUCUGGGUCUUUCUACAUCUCAUGUGAGCAGAGGAUAUUGCAAUGCAUCUUGCUGCGAUGCUCACCCAAGCUGUUUUAAAGGGGUGGGUGUUAAAAAGUAUUGGUUGAAACAGUCCUCGUCUGGAAAAUUCCUGUCUUGUCUCUUUAAGUUAAAAAGCUUCAUGUGAGAUACCUUUCUCUUUAACAAAUAUCUUCAAAGAAUGAAAAUAUUGAUUUGUAUGUUUAUUUUUGUUUUUAAUCUUUAUUGUUUCAUGCCAUCAAGCAUUCAGCUGAACAUUUGACUAACAGAACUAUGUAAGCUGAGAGCUUGUGUAAAUACUGUAAAUCUUCGACAAAUAAAAUACAAUUUAAUGUUAAAAAAAUAAAAACCCUCUGAUUUGACAAUGUCUGAAAAGAUAGAUGAAAAAUAAAGAGAAUGUAACUGUAUGAGAAA